AUGUUUGUCUUGCCCACACUCGUUAUCUUCGCCACUGCUGCCUUCGGCCGUCCCUACAAGAGGUCCGAUGGUCUAACUGUCGACAUCUCUGGGCCUGGAAACAGCGUCACCUCAAUCGAAGAUUUGAAAUUCACUGCUACCGUCACGAACACGAACGCAGGGGAUGUCAAGGUUCUCAAGUACGGAACCGUUCUCGAUGGUCUUCCAUCACGCUCGUUCACCGUGACAAAGGGCGGUGUACCGGUUGACUUCACUGGCAUCCAGCUCAACAUUGCCAUGAGUGACAGCGCGUACCUCACCAUCCCAAGUGGAGCAAAUGUCACAGUCGAGCACAAUGUGGCGGAUCUCUACGACUUUGCUUCCGCCGGCAAGGGUACGUUUGCUUUUGAGCCCAUUACCGAUUUCCGUGUGGCCGGUGCGGAGGAACGUGUUGCCUCUCCGUUCUCCGCCGUCAAAGCUAUUGCCGAAAUUAUCGAAGUCGAGGUCACCAGUGAGGUGACCAGGCGGUCAAUUAAACGCGCAACUGAUGUCUGUGCGAAUGCCACUCUCUCCGAGUUUAUUAAUGCCAGUUAUGUCGAAGCAAAAGAACUCGCCUCAAUCUCGUUGAACUACAUUAGUACCUUGGGCAACAGUUCGAAUAAUACCGUGACCGCCUACUUUAGUACCAACCCAGUCCAGAAUGUCACUGAUAAGCUUGAGCUCGUUGCCAAUGAGAACGACAGUUCGCGAACCUUGAACUGCUUAGACGACUAUGGGGUGUGUGACGGAAACGUCAUUGCAUAUACGGUCAUCUCGACUACAGACAUAUACUUCUGCAGUAUCUUCUUCGACGAGGUUCCUGCCACUGAUCUUUGCAGCGGAACCACGACUGUCGCAGCGAGGAACCUCACCCACGCCGUGGCCGACACGGAGGAUAUCACCUACGGAUGUGUUGCUGACCAGGGUCUCACCGCAGCGCAGCAGAUUAUAAACGCAGAUAGCUUCAAUUGCUUUGUGACACAGGUCUACAAUGACACCCAGUGUUAA